UUUUUAAUUUCAGAGAAUAAAGGACCAUGCCUUGAAUUCUCUCAGCUAAGUGUAAAGGAUUCCUUCAAAGAUCUGUUUAUUCCCAAAAUGGAGGUAAUUCUGAUAUUGUAUACAAGGAACAACCCAAAUUGUGCAGAGCCACUGUUUCAGCAGGACAACUCACUUAAUGUUCAUUUCAACACAAGCAAGAAAACAGUCUGGCUUAUUCAUGGAUACAGACCAAUGGGCUCCACUCCAUCGUGGCUUCAGAAAUUUGUAAGGAUUUUGUUGAACCAAGACAAUGUGAAUAUAAUUAUAGUAGACUGGAACCGAGGCGCUACAACUUUUCUUUACAAUAGAGCAGUUAAAAAUACCAGAAAAGUUGCUGUGAGUUUGAGUAGGUACAUUCAUAAUCUUUUGAAGCAUGGAGCUACUCUUGAUAGUUUUCACUUCAUAGGUGUGAGCUUAGGGGCUCAUAUUAGUGGAUUUGUUGGAAAGACAUUUCAAGGUCAAAUUGGAAGAAUAACAGGUCUUGACCCAGCUGGGCCACAAUUCUCUGGAAAACCAUCAAAUGGCAGAUUAGAUUACACUGAUGCAAAUUUUGUGGAUGUCAUCCAUACUGAUACCAAUGGUUUAGGCAUUAAAGAACCCUUGGGACAUAUAGAUUUUUUUCCAAAUGGAGGAAAAAGGCAACCUGGCUGUCCUAAAUCCAUUUUUUCAGAUUACAAGACUGGUUUGUGCGUGGAUUGUGACAACUUUAAGGAAAAAUCAUGUCCUAAACUAGGUUAUCAAACUGAGCUAUGGAAAGAUGAUUUAAAAGAAAGAAUAGAAAACAGAUCUCUCAGGACGACUGUGUUUUUGGAUACUACUGACACAAAUCCUUUCUGUACCUAUUACUUUGUCCUCAGUAUAAUUGUUCUGGAUAAAACUAUGAAGGAUGGCUAUGUUACAUUUAAAUUAUUAAAUCAGCUUGGAAUGGUCGAAGAGCCAAGGCUCUAUGAGAAGAACAAGUCAUUUUAUAAACUUCAGGAAUUCAAGAUUCUUGCUCAAUUUUUAAAUGAUGUUGUAAAUAUUUCAAGCAUUGGUUUGACUUAUUUUCAAAGCUCAAAUCAGCAAUGUUCCACAUGCAAAUACACUAUUCAGCGUCUCAUGUUAACAUCACUGACACAUCCAGAAAGGAUGAAUGCCGGAACAGGAAGUCAAAUCAUCUGGAUAAAAAGCACGGGACAAAGUGGGAGCCUGGCUCUGAGAAACUGUGCCUCCAAGAAGAUGUGGCCGGUGAGGGCUGCCAAUAGCUGUGGAGCUUGCUGCAUGUGA